AUGUCUUUGGCGCCGGGCACUCGAUGCACUUUUGUCAUCCUGGCACUAACCAUUCUGCCAAACCAAUUCCAUUGCCAGGUGGGUGGGAAUCGGAAUGGGAAUGGGAAUGGCCAUGGAAGUCACGAUUCCCUGCUGGCCGAGUCCCAGAUGAGAAUCUUUACGCUGACCCUACUGGGACUCUUCGUUCUGGUCCUUCUGGGCUUCGUGGGUGAGUUCAUGUGCCUUCCAUUGCCUCGAUCAAUUGGCCGAACGGAGAUUUCCGAUUUCCUUUGGGCAGGAUGUAUCUGCUGCUUCUGCCGGAUCUCGCGGGCUGUAGAAUCGACUUCCGAUGGCCUCGAUGUCUAUGCCCCGCGCACCCAGAGCAUCGUGUGGCCCACUCUGCCCCUGCCCCAGGAGGCGGGCCGCGUUCUGGAGAUGACCUUCCUGCAUGCCCCCAAGGUGAACUGCCUGUGCCGCAACUGCUGCCUCGCCAGAAACGCGUUCUGCAUCGAAAACUUAAACAUGGCCAGGUGGAUCUUGCUGCUGGCCACCUCGGCUUCCUGCGCUCACCUGGCCAAAGCUGAUGACAACUUUACGGACUUUGACUUCGUAAAUGUAACGCAGCUGCUGCAAAUGUCUGAUUUCGAGAACGAAAACAAUACCGGCGCAAAUUCAACGGAAUUCGACGUGGCCACGGCGACUGAAGGCCCCACCGUUGAUCCAACGGAUGCAAAUACCAGCAUCAGUGGCCAGCGCGAACCUAUAUUCGACGACCUCCGACACCAUCCGCACUUUGGGCGCUUCAUCUUCAUGGUUCUGCUGCUGCACGUAUCCGUGGUGGGAGUUGGAAUCACCAUCUAUAGCUGUGUGCACUGCAAAUUGAGAAGCUUGAGGAGGCGUUCCAGGCUGGAGGCACAGCGACGGCUGCAGAUGACCAAUCUGCGGUCGAAUCACAUUCCCAAUUCGCGCGACUGCCCGUGCCAUGGAUGCACUUUGGCCAGGGAAAUGCUGCAGGGAUUGAUAAUGCACCAGUUCCACGAACUGGCCGAGUGCUGA